AUGUUUGCAUUACUAACAUUUGAUUUUGAUUUUGGGAAUUUAAAGCAAUUGUCAAAAUCAGCUACAUCAUCCAUUACAGGCGAUAAAUCUGAAUUAUCUGAUUUAGGUAUAGCACUGUCUAUUUGGUUAAAUGCGUUUAAACGUGUUACAAAUGCUUUAAAAACUCUUGAACGUUAUGCAAAUAACAUUAUUUUAAAAUGUCGAGAAACACAUGCAAAUGAUAAACCGACCAAUCUUAUCGCAUCGUUAGUAUCAUCAUUAAUAAAGGAUGAAGCUUUGGAACGAUCACAAAAUGAUUCAGAAAAAGCGGGAAUUACUAAAAAAGAAUUGUUAGAAGAAGUAUUAUCGUUAAUUCUCUCUGGUUCUGAAACAACCUCAAGUUUUAUAUCUUGGUUUAUUUAUUAUGGGGAAACAGUUUUAUCUCCAUUUUCUUUCAUGCAUCGCGAUCCUAGAAAUUGGAAAUUAGAUCCUACACAAUUUAUUCCUGAAAGAUUUUAUGGUAUUAAUGCACCUGAUGCAAAUCAUAAUCCGUUCGCAUUUGGUCCGUUCGGUGGUGGACAUCGAAUGUGUGCUGGACAAGACUUAGCUCGCUUAGAAAUGAAAGUUAUUGUCAUUCGUUUAAUGCAGUUUGUCACUUUUGUCGAUGCACCGGGCAAUAAAGGUGGUCAUCGUCAACAGCUGACAAUCACGCCAAAAGAACUCGCAGUUUCAAUCAAAUUUGAUUGA